AUGUCCCGCUACCUGCGUCCGCCCAGCACGUCCCUGUUCAUGAGGAAUGUGGCCGAGGACACCAGGUCUGAAGACUUGCGCCGGGAAUUUGGUCGUUAUGGUCCCAUAAUUGAUGUGUAUGUGCCACUUGAUUUCUACACUCGUCGUUCAAGAGGAUUUGCUUACGUUCAAUUUGAAGAUGUUCGUUAUGCUGAAGAUGCCCGGCAUAAUUUGGACCGAAAAUGGAUUUGUGGACGUCGGAUCGAAAUCCAGUUUGCACAAGGGGAUCGCAAAACACCAAAUCAAAUGAAAGCCAAGGAAGGGAGAAAUGUAUACAGCUCUUCUCGCUAUGAUGACUAUGACAGAUAUAGGCGAUCCAGAAGCCGAAGUUACGAAAGGAGGAGGUCUAGGAGUCGUUCUUUUGAUUACAACUACAGAAGAUCUUAUAGUCCUAGAAACAGUAGACCUACUGGAAGACCACGCCGUAAAAGAAGCCAUUCAGACAAUGAUAGAUUCAAACACCGAAACCGGUCUUUUUCGAGGUCUAAAUCCAAUUCAAGAUCACGAUCCAAGUACCAGCCCAAGAAAGAAAUGAAGGCUAAGUCACGUUCUAGGUCUGCAUCUCACACCAAAACUAGAGGCACUUCUAAAACAGAUUCCAAAACACAUUAUAAGUCAGGCUCAAGAUACGAAAAGGAAUCAAGGAAAAAAGAACCAGCCAGAUCCAAAUCCCAGUCAAGAUCACAGUCUAGGUCUAGGUGA